UAUUUGCUAUCUUCCUAUAAAACCAUCCUCCUUUAUUAUGUGUUUGCUUCGAGUUGCCCAAAACAAUGUCUAAUUUGGACCUAACUGGCUGCAAGAAGAGGAAGAGAGGAGACAAGGUGUUUAAGUUCAAGAACUUUGGAGAAAAUGGUUACCCGGCUGAGUUUGUUGGUUCGUCGUUUCGUGAAAAUGUGAAAGCGCUUGUUGAAUUUGGGCAUUUGGAGAGUAAUUUGUGUUGGGGAAUGCUUUGUUGGUCAUUUCAGCUUGAAGUCCAUCGCCACCCUCCUCUCCAUGUCUUGCUUUUUGUUGUUGAAGAACCCAUUGAUGCCUCGGUCAAUCGUCAUUGCAAGCAAUGCCAUUUCGUGGGCUGGGGGAAACAUAUGGUAUGCAAUAAGAAGUAUCACUUUUUGUUGGUUUCCAAGGAAUCAAUAGUGGUGGAGGCUUGUACCAAGAGCAAAUGCAAUUUCCACUACAAUAUUAUUAAUGGAACAGAUUCAGGAAAUGGUAUGUCCUCCAUUAACGAUUUAGUGGAUUCGCAGGGCAAUGUCAUGCAUGGUGUCUUUCAUUCUAAUGGCUUCGGCCACUUGCUGUGUGUCAAUGGCGUCGAAAAGGGUUCCGACUUGCCUGGUUUUCUCAUUCUUGAAUUUUGGGAUCGUCUUUGCACUGCAUUGCGAGCAAGGAAAGUGAGUUUGAAUGACAUUUCCCAGAAGAGAGGCAUGGAAUUGAGGCUAAUUCAUGGAAUAGCAUACAAGGAACCAUGGUUUGGUCGUUGGGGUUACAAAUUUGGUCGUGGAACAUUUUGUGUCACACAUCAAAUGUACAACAAAGCCAUUGAAGCCCUUCAAAGCUUACCACUAUGUUUACUAAUCCACCAUCUUGGACCUUCCAACCAUGAAAUCCCACUCAUUUUCUCAAGGUAUCAAACUUUAUCAGAACAAUCUUUGGUAACCCUAGGUGACCUAUUCCACUUCAUGUUAGAGCUCAAGUCCCAUCUUCCGAAGGAAAAUUCUCUAGGCUUGUCCAAUAAUAACCAAGGAAUUUUGCUUGAAACAACAUGUAGAUGGUCACCUAAAAGGGUUGAAAUGGCUACGAAAGUAAUCGUUGAAGCCCUUAAAAGGGUUAAAUCCAGAUGGAUUUCGAGGCAAGAAGUUCGAGAUGCAGCUAGAGCCUACGUUGGUGAUACCGGCUUGCUAGAUUUCGUAUUGAAAUCGCUUGGAAACCACAUUGUUGGGAAUUAUUUGGUUCGUCGAAGCUUGAAUCCGGUAACGAAAGUCCUUGAGUAUUGCUUGGAAGAUAUCUCCAAUGUAUUGCCUAAUUACCAAGAAAGUUUGGCAAUGAGUAACUCCAAAUUGAAAGCAAAUUGCAAGGUCACAAGGUUUCAGCUAAUGAAGGACAUGUUUUACUUAAACAAAUACAUUUUCAAAGACCCAAAAUUCAGCACAGGGAUUUUCUCAGCAAUACAAGUUGCUGUAAGGAUAGUUCUUGAUUCGAAAUACUUUAUCAAAGAGUAUUUUGGAGAAAUUCCUUCGAAAAUUGAUUUGGGUUUAGAAGGAAAAGUAAACCUCUAUUGUACAAUUCUGAAAAGAAAAAAUAAAGAGAUGGUGAUGAACAAUCCAUCAUUGCCACCCUAUGAGUGUAUCACAAUGAGAAAAAAUGCUACCAUUGAUGAACUCAAGCUAGAAGUAGAAAAAAUCUUCAAGGAGAUUUAUUGGAGUUUGAGGAGCUUUGUUGUGGAAAAAAUUUCCAAUCUGAAUGCAAAAGGAAAUGAUUUGGCAAUUGGGUUAGUGGAAGUAGGUCAAAAACUUGUGUUUGAGGGGAAGAACAAAGAUGAUGAUGAUGAGGUGGAGGAGGAGGAGGAGGAGGUGUGUGAAAGUGGUCCAAGGAAAUAUGUUGUGGAAUGUAUUUGUGGUGCAAAAGAUGAUGAUGGGGAAAGAAUGAUUUGCUGUGAUAUUUGUGAAAUUUGGCAGCAUACCAGGUGUGUUGGGAUUCCAAAUUCUGACCAAGUUCCUCAUAUUUUUCUAUGCACUCGAUGUGAGCAAGAAAUUAUACAUUUUCCCUCCCUUCCAUAGCAUUAAAAAGAUAAAUAAAUAAAUAAAAAAUAAUUUUUUUUUUCAAUUUUCUAUUCUAUGUCAUAUUUCAGAAAUACUGAAUGAAAAACUUGUCUACAUAUGAAUAUAUAUACACAGAAGA